AUGGACAAGUUCCGGAUGAUCUUCCAGUUCCUACAGUCCAACCAGGAGUCCUUCAUGAACGGCAUCUGUGGCAUCAUGGCUCUGGCCAGCGCUCAGAUGUACUCGGCCUUCGACUUCAACUGCCCGUGCCUGCCAGGCUACAACGCAGCCUACAGCGCUGGCAUCCUGCUGGCACCACCUCUGGUGCUCUUUCUGCUGGGCCUGGUCCUGAACAACAAUGUCUCCAUGCUGGCCGAGGAGUGGAAGCGGCCGCCGGGCAGCCGGGCCAAGGACCCCGCGGUGCUGCGCUACAUGUUCUGCUCCAUGGCCCAGCGCGCCCUCAUCGCGCCCGUCGUCUGGGUGGCCGUCACGCUGCUGGACGGCAAGUGCUUCCUCUGUGCCUUCUGCACUGCUGUGCCUGUGGCUGCGCUGGGCAACGGCAGCCUGGCACCCGGCCUGACGCCCCCUGAGCUCGCCCGCCUGCUGGCCCGAGUGCCCUGCCCUGAGAUCUAUGACGGGGACUGGCUGCUGGCCCGUGAGGUGGCCGUGCGUUACCUGCGCUGCAUCUCUCAGGCACUGGGCUGGUCCUUCGUGCUGCUGACCACGCUGCUGGCCUUCGUGGUGCGUUCCGUGCGGCCCUGCUUCACACAGGCUGCCUUCCUCAAGAGCAAGUACUGGUCCCACUAUAUAGACAUCGAACGCAAGCUCUUUGAUGAGACAUGCACGGAGCACGCCAAGGCCUUCGCCAAGGUCUGCAUCCAACAGUUCUUUGAGGCUAUGAACCAGGACCUGGAGCUGGGUCACACCCACGGGGUGCUGUCCCCGGCCACUGCUGCCCCAGCCUCUCCCGAGGGUGUCACAGAGGAGAGGGAGAAGCUGCGUGGCAUCACUGAUCAAGGCACUGUCAACAAGCUGCUCACCAACUGGCACAAAUGCAAGCCGCCAUUGAGGCUGGGCCAGGAUGCGCCACUGAUGGGCAAUGGCUGGGCUGGGGAAGGACCCCGGCCCCCACGCAGGGAGGUGGCCACCUACUUCAGCAAAGUGUGA